AGUCAGUAUUUAUGUUUAUAUUGGUUUAUAUAGUCUUCUAACUUCUUGGCACAAAUGUCACAGGAAAUUUUCAAUCAUUUAUAAACAUCCCAUCAUAAUAUUUGCGUUUUAGUAACUUAAACUGUUUAUUUAAUGACGUGUUGUUCUUGUUGUAAAGAGCUUUUGAGAACAUGAAAUUAAUAAUUUCUAUUUAUAAAUAGAAACUCAUUAGAAGUGAACAUUAUGUUUUUCCCUAUUGGCUGGCCCCGGGUGUUGAACUUGACCAAUUCCAAUGAUGUUAAUGCAAUUGCAUGUAAUCGGGACAAGAUACUAUUUGCUAUUUUAACGAAAGACACUUUAGCCGUAUGGUACUGCAAACCAUGUUUACCAAUUGUAUUCAGCCGAAGAGAUGAAAAAUCUCGAGAUCGUUAUGGUGAUAAUUUUUUAGUUCAAUGGAAACCAGACUCUAGCAUGUUAGUUGUUGGUACAACAGGUAGCUAUCUACUAUUCUACCGGCUUUCCAACAGUAGUGGCGAUGGUCGGGGUCUUUAUGAACAGAAAGAUUCACCAGUGACCAGUCUUCGCCGAGACAGCGCCGAAUUAUUUAUAAAAGAAAUAAUCCCAACCCUAACACUGACAUUUGUUAUGCCAGUUUGGAUUGACGGUGGAAUCACUUCGCUUGUCUGCAUUAGAGAUGAAUUAAUGGUGGCAACUAAAACCAGUCAUAUUGUCCGACAAAAGUGGGAAGGAAAUCUCAACCGUGAUUAUUCUUUAGAUUUACGCAGAAUUCCGUUUAGUAUUGAUCAACAAAUUUCAACUGUGGCUGUGCCAAUAACAGAAAAUAACAUUUAUGUAACCGAUAUUGAGUAUUCACCGUUAGUUGGAGGAUUUGCUAUUGUAUUGAGUAAUGGAAAAGCUGCAUUUUUGACAGCACAGUCGUUAAAAUUUGACCCAAAUCAAGUUCAAGGUAUUUGGGCAAGAUAUCUUGAUGAUGCUACAUGCGCAGCAGUCAAUCAUAAGUAUAGACUUAUGGCUUUUGGCCGUGAAAACUCUGAAGGCUUAGUUUAUUAUGUUGAUGAAAUGACGGGUAGCCUCGAAGUUUCGCAUACUCUCAGUUUAUCAUCCAAAGAUUAUCCUGGUAGACCAGGUCGCGUAAAAUGUCUUCGAUGGACGCCCGAUAGCUGUGCAAUCGCCUUAGCUUGGGAAAAAGGAGGUUUAGCAGUUUGGAGUACAUUUGGAGCACUCUUGCUCUGUUCAUUUAAGUGGGACUAUGGUUUGCAUGUUGAUCUUACACGUGAUAAUCCAUUACAUAUUUGCACGAUGGAAUGGUCAGCUGAAGGCUAUCAACUAUGGAUGCUCAGAGAAUCGCCACAAUCAUUGUCUACUGACGAUCAAAAUGGAAAUAAGCUGGAAAAUAAUCGGUCUUUGAUUCAACUGGAUUUUGUUAAAAGUCCAUCAACGGUAAACCCGUGUAUGGGUCACGGUCAUUUAUAUCUACAAGGUGAGGAUCGGUUAUAUUUAAAUUUGGGAACUGUCUCAACUAAUGUUCAAGGUUUUUAUAUGAGCAAUGAAAUACCGAAUGACUCAUCGUCUCUAACUCUGGCUGGAUCAAAACAGUGGCUUGUUGUCCCAAUUCCAAGUUCUUACAGUGGCUCAAAUUGGCCAAUACGAUAUACUGCAAUAGAUAAUGAGGGACAGAGCAUUGCCGUAGCUGGACGAACUGGUUUAGCUCAUUAUUCACUUGCUUCACGCAAAUGGAAACUUUUCGGUAAUGAAACUCAAGAGAAAGAUUUUAUUGUUACUGGUGGAUUACUUUGGUACCGAGGUUUUUUAAUUGUCAGCAGUUAUUCACUUCUUGAGGACAAAGAUGAAAUUAGAAUUUAUCCUCGUGAUACCAAACUUGAUAACAGUUAUGUAAAAACUGUUAGGCUGCCAUCUCAAAUAUUAUUACUCAACACAAUGAAAGAAACACUACUUACAUUUUGUGCUAACGGACAAAUUAAUAUAUUUGAUAUGCGUGUGGAAGGCUUUGGAACUAUUGAGCUUACGAGAACACAAACAGUUGACAUUAGUGGUCUUUGUGUUCAUCCAGCUUGUGUUGUUAGUGCAACGUUAACAACAAUUCGUGCUGAAACAGCUGGAAUUCAUCCACAUCCUGAGUCUCUGUUGUUGAAUGUAUCUGGGAAGCUCCUUAUGGUCCAACGGGAGCAUUUUAUUGACGAUCCCAAAGUUCUUUUUACUUGUGGAUCACCAAAUGUGCUUGCAUCAUGUGUAGAAAAUGUUUGGGUACCUUCACGAUCCCUACGUGACAAACCACAUCUCACUGAGGCACUUUGGCUAUUUUGUGGUGCUCAUGGAAUGCGAGUUUGGCUACCACUUUUUCCAAGAAACCAUCAAGAUAACGCUCACACUUUCAUGAGUAAACGAAUUAUGCUACCUUUUCAUUUACGAAUUUAUCCACUUGCAAUUCUUUUCGAAGAUGCAAUUCUCCUCGGUGCUGAAAAUGAUACAGUUCUCUAUACUUCAGAUACCAACUCUCUAUUUUCUCUUCCAUUUAGUGUACUUGAAUUAACAAGCCAAGUUUAUUUACAUCAGAUACUUAGGCAGUUGAUUUGUCGGAAUCUUGGCUAUCAUGCUUGGGAAAUUGCGCGUUCAUGUGCAUUAUUACCAUACUUUCCACAUUCGCUAGAAUUAUUACUUCAUGAAGUACUCGAGGAGGAAGCAACUAGUAAAGAACCAUUGCCUGAUGCCCAGUUACCCUCAGUUAUUGAGUUUAUCAAAGAAUUUCCGAGUGUUUGGGCCAGAGCGGUAGUUCAGUGUGCCCGUAAAACCGAAAUUGCUCUUUGGCCUUAUUUAUUUUCUGUCGCCGGUCCACCGAAAAAACUUCUGCAAGACUGUUUACAACGACAACAGCUAGAUACGGCUGCAAGCUAUUUAAUAAUUCUUCAAAACUUGGAACCAUCUGCAGUGAGCAGACAAUAUGCAACUUUAUUGCUUGAUGCUGCUCUCGAACAAAGCAGAUGGGAAUUGUCUCGAGAUCUUGUAAGAUUUCUUCGAGCAAUUGAUCCAAAUGACGUUGAGUCGCCAAGAGCAUCAUGGGGUGGUAGUACUAAAUUGGCUGGAUCACCACCAACUCCAUCUGUAUCUCCACAUGAAGAAGAUCUUUCCUUAGUUCUUGGGACAAUGCAAGUGUCUAGAAGUCGAAGUUAUAGUACAACCGUAACUCCAAAAGUUCAGUAUGAUUUAAUAAACAAAGAUCCUCCAUCGUCAGUGCUUGAAAUUACACGGAAUGCUGUUAUGAGAAGAAAAAAAUCAUUGCCUAGUGCAAAAACGGAGAAACAUGAUAAUAAAGAAGGCUCAGCCGAAGAAUUUUUUAUUGAUAUUAUACUUCAACGACAUGCCCGCAGAUUAUUGUCAGCAAAAAGAUUAGCUGAUCUUGGACGAUUUGCGGCGCGUUUAGAUUUUUAUCUCGUAACAUGGCUUGCGCGUGAGCGUGAACGUGCUGCAAGAAUCGAUGACUUUGUAGCAGCAUUAAAAGCAAUUCAUGAAGAUUUUAGUUUUCCUUAUCCUACAUUAUCAGCAGCAAGCCUGCAAAAAAUUAGGCGAGCUAGCCAUGCAUCAUCGAGAUCAAGAUCUAUUAGCUUGGACUGUGAGAGUGAAUUGCAAAUGCAAAAUUUUUCUGUAGAUCUACUGACUGACAGUGGAUAUACUAGUUUACCGAGUAGUAGACCACCGUAUGGAACUUUGAUCUCACCUGUGGCCAGUUUAGAAACCCAGUUCUCUACUGCUGAAGCCAAAUUGACACCAAUGAUACUUCAAGAUGCGACAAGUGUUAUGAGCGACGCCAGCACAGUUUGGCGAGAUGAUGUAGAAUCAAUUGUUGGAACAGUUUGUUGGAUUUCUCCAGAAAGUAUCGAACCAACAGAGAUUCAUUCUGCAUCUUGUGGGUCCAACAGUAGAGGUGAAGUGCAACUGAGGUAUCUUCUUCAACUUUUUUUAGAAGCCGGGUGCAUUGGUUGGGCAGCUGUGCUUGCAACUGUACUUCGUGAUGCAUCGUCAAUGGCUAGAGCCGUACGAGCAGCACAUGCACCUAUGCAAACACAAGAGUCUAUUGUUAAUCUGAGAGAUGGUCUAUUAGUUCUAAUUAAAUGGGCGCAUUCAGAAUGUUUCGGAUACAAAGCAUUUGUUUCGGGAUUUCAAGCGCAACUCUCUCUGCUCAAUCGCUUGAUUAUCAUGAAACAACAGCAACAGCAACAGCAACAACAACAACAGCAACAACAACAACAACAGCAACAAUUACAACUCCAACACCAAUCACAAAGUCAAUCGGAACAAAAAGUUAUUGAGAGUUUAUCACCAAGUCCAGUGCCGUCUUUCACUAGUUGCCAACGUGGCAACGUGAAUCGAACAAGAAGGAUAUCAACUAGCCAUACUUUGGCAACUGUACAUUUUGACGAUGGAAAAUCUAAUGAAUCAUUUCCCUGCUCUGAAGAAAAGACUUUAGGCGACAAUUAUGCUCCUAUCAGUUGCCCAGAAAAAAAAUUAUCUGAAGAAAGUUGUGUGAUUUCAUGAAAAUAAAAUAUUAAUAUCCAAAAAAAUACAUCAACGUUGACUCAAUUUUUAUUACGUUUAUUUUCAGAGAUCAUCAUAAAUUAUACAUUCCAUACUAAUUGUGAGAUAAAAAAUGGCACUGACAUCACCAAAUAUAUCAAUGUAAUAUACUUGCCAAAAAAAUUAUUUUUUCAGCAACAUUAAUCCCUUAAAACAUAAUUGGUAUUUUUUACCUACUCGGAUAGUAACACAAACUUUACUAAUUAAAAAUGUAAAAACAACUUCAACGCUUUUACCUUUUUUAAAAAGAAUAAUUAAAAUUAAAGAAU